GCUAACAUAAACACAAAACUAGCUAUCAUACAUACGAGUGAAGGGCUGGAAGCAGCUAAGCUGAAAGCUCAACACAACAUAUACUACCAAUCUAGCUACAAGGCCACUCCAAGUCGCAUAUAUACUAGUAUCUAUAAGCUAGGCUGUUCUCUCUUUCCAUUCGUCAAGAACUACCACGACGUCGACAUCAUAAUCGUCAGAGAGCUCGAGAAAUUUUUUAGUAUCUUUGAUCCAGAUCGAUCAUGGAGCAAGAAGCUGCCAUGGUCGUCUUCUCCUGCAACUCCGGCUCCGGUGGGUCGUCGUCGACGACCGAUUCAAAGCAAGAGGAGGAGGAGGAGGAGGAGUUGGCCGCAAUGGAGGAAGACGAGUUGAUCCACGUCGUCCAGGCGGCGGAGCUGCGGCUGCCGUCGUCGACGACGGCGACGCGGCCGUCGUCGCGGUACAAGGGGGUGGUGCCGCAGCCGAACGGGCGGUGGGGGGCGCAGAUCUACGAGCGGCACGCGCGGGUGUGGCUCGGGACGUUCCCCGACGAGGAGGCGGCGGCGCGCGCCUACGACGUGGCGGCGCUCCGCUUCCGGGGGCGCGACGCCGUCACCAACCGCGCCCCGGCGGCGGAGGGCGCGUCCGCCGGCGAGCUCGCGUUCCUGGCCGCGCACUCCAAGGCGGAGGUCGUGGACAUGCUGCGGAAGCACACCUACGACGACGAGCUCCAGCAGGGCCUCCGCCGCGGCUCGCGCGCGCAGCCGACGCCGCGGUGGGCGCGCGAGCCGCUGUUCGAGAAGGCCGUGACGCCGAGCGACGUCGGCAAGCUCAACCGCCUCGUGGUGCCCAAGCAGCAGGCCGAGAGGCAUUUCCCGUUCCCGCUCCGCCGCCACAGCUCCGACGCCGCCGGCAAGGGCGUGCUCCUCAACUUCGAGGACGGCGACGGCAAGGUGUGGCGAUUCCGGUACUCGUACUGGAACAGCAGCCAGAGUUACGUGCUCACCAAGGGGUGGAGCCGAUUCGUGAGGGAGAAGGGCCUCCGACCAGGCGACACCGUGGCCUUCUCCCGGUCGGCGGCGGCGUGGGGGACGGAGAAGCACCUCCUCAUCGACUGCAAGAAGAUGGAGAGGAACAACCUGGCAACCGUCGACGACGAUGCCCGUGUCGUCGUCAAGCUGUUCGGCGUUGACAUCGCCGGAGACAAGACGAGGUAACACGCAAGCGCAGCUAGCUGCAUCGUAUCGAUCAUAUAUAUCACCCCGGCGCCUUCUUCUUCUUCUUCUUCUUCUUCUUCUUCUUCUUCUUCUUCUUCUUCUUCUUCUUCUUCUUCUUCUUCUUCACUUGUUCUUCGUUUUCUUCCUCUUCGAUCUUCUCAUUCAUCUUCUGUUGCUGCCCUAGCUACAAUGAUCGAUCGAUGGAUGAUCCAUAUCAUCGUUGAUCCUUCGCUUCACAUCAGGUUCAUCAUUCCUAGCUACAUCGAUAUAUGUACCUAUAAUUUGAUGAUGAGAUGAACUUCUUCAAAAUUCAAAUUAAUCUCUGAAGAAACCAACGGAGAAUUAGGAUCAGAGUGUGCUAGCUACAUGUGAGCUAGAGAUUAGAGAAAUUUAAGAGUGUGUGUUAUAUGUAAAUAUAUCGAUCAUUGCCAGAUCGAUCGAGGCGAAACUAUAGAAUUUUGCCUUGGGGUUUAAUUAGCCUUAAUUUGUACCCAAAAAUUGAAACAAAUCCGUCCCACGCAUUGCAUUGGGAUGUGUAAUCCGGGUUUCCAUAUGCAUGGUUAUGGGAAUGUGCCAUGUGUCUGCUAUUGCUAUAUAUAGUUAUUAGUCUA